AUGACUACGCCGGCGAAACUUUACGGUCGAGAGUUGUCAGCCUACGAUGAAGUGGAUGUUGACGAACUGUUGUCUAAGUUGACGCAGGAAGAGCUCACCAUGCUCGCCAAGGAAGUAGAUCCUGAUGACAACUUUCUGCCACCAUCCCAAAGGAACAACUAUGCAUGUGAAAAAGACCCAACGGGUCCCCUUAACCGUAAAAAGCUGAUUGAGCACAUAAACAAACAGGCACUAGAGACGCCUGACCUGCCAGAAGUAAAACCUUACGUGCCAGGAGUUAUACGUGGCAAAAAGUGGAUCCCCCCUCCCCCAACAGAGAAGGUGCGCGAUGCCGAGGAACAGAUAACUAUUGAUCUCGGUGAUGAGUAUGAACAGGCUCUCAACACUGCCACGCAGGAGGAGAUUAUUGAUUUGGCUGCUAUCCUGGGCUUCCACUCAAUGAUGAAUCAGGACCAGUACCAUGCGUCACUACUGAACAAAGGACAGCCAGUCGGUCUCGGCUGGGACGGUAUCACAAAAGCUACGAAACAAAAGGUAUACCCAGUGGACCCACCCAACGACACAGACCCAGAUGAAACCAUAAAAAGGGUAGUGGAAAAUGACCCGACACUAACUGAACUCAAUUGGAAUAAUAUUAAGAACAUAAGCGAUGAGAAGUUCGCGAAGUUGUUCGAGGGUCUGAAGAGCAACACGCACCUGGAGGUGCUGUCGCUGGUGAACGUGGGGCUGCACGACCGCAGCGCCGAACUGCUGUGCGAGGCGCUGGGCUGUAACAGCACGCUGCGCGUCGUCAACGUGGAGACCAACUUCAUCAGCCCGGCCGGCGUGCUGGCGCUCGUGCGCGCGCUGCUGCCCACCGCCAGCGUCGAGGAGUUCCGCGCCUCCAACCAGAGGUCGCAGGUGCUGGGCAACAAGACCGAGAUGGAGAUCACGUCGCUGGUAGAGGCCAACCCGCGCCUGCUGCGGCUCGGCCUGCACCUCGAGUACAGCGACGCGCGCCACCGCGUCGCCUCGCACCUGCAGCGCAACAUCGACAGAAAUUGCCGAAAACAAAAGCGAGCUAGAGCGUCACUAAGCUUGCGGCUGCCACGAAGCCGGCCGUCGGCCGUCGGCAUCGACAAUAGCUUCUUCAACGUUACACCGCCCAGUGUCGAAGACAAAACGCCCACGAAGGACGACGGAAAGACUGUGAUAACUGAGAAUGUUGAAGGCUCGCUCGUUAUAGAAGCGACGAGUCCUGGAGAUGGACCCGAAGUUCGAAAAGAAACCAAUGGAUUACAGACCAGUGAAGAUAGAUUCGUGCUAGCUGAGCAUCCCGACAUUAAUCCCAAUCCCCACUCUUCAGAUUCUUUAACCUGCAAAAAGGGGCGCGUAGCCAAUAGAAUUUCGUGCAGUACGCCAGCAACGCCGGAGCCAGAACAGCGCUUAGUGCCCAGAACUACACGUGUGGCGGACGAAUUCGUCGCUUGA